AUGAGUUCGGAAAGCAGGCGUUCCGGACAUGAUGCUUCGCAAAAGCUGGUCAUGUACCUGGGCUUGUUUUCCUCUACCUCAUGUUGCAUUCUGGGGUUCCCGUGCACCACAGACAUUUCAGUGACCUAUGCUUUCAGAGCGACGUGUGUGGGCUAUUUUUCCUGCAACUUCGCCGCCUUUUGCCUGGAGAAUUGUGAGCUGAGCCGCCGCAUCCUCCGGCUUGGUAUGGUGAUUAACUCUUUGUCUGCCUGGCUCGUGUCUGCUCAUUGGUGCUUCGGCUUCGGCGAGUGGUGCAUCUUGAUGCUCUUGGUACAUGCCUUCCAAAUGUUUGGCGGCAUGGUGCUCGUGCGAACGAGUUUGCAUCUGCACUUGCUGUUCACUUUUGCUGGAUCUAUGGUUGGUUACGUGGUGCGGCGAGAGUUGAGCGUUCGAUCCGACAAGUCCUGGGCAGCUGCUGUCGUCACUGUCGUCAUGAUCCUAGUUGGUGGCAUCCUGUUUUCUGGCCACAGUAGCAUCGUUUUCCUCCAGCGGAAAGUUGCCAUACUGUCGUCAAUCAUGACCAUGUCGGAGCAGGAGCUUUCAAGCUCGGUGUCCAUCACGAGGAGUCCCCCUGAAUCGAGGCUACCGGGCUCACGCGGCUCAAGCGCUUCGACGGACGAAAAAUCCAGUGACCAUAUGGAAGGGUUGGAGCUGUUCGACUGCGUUGGUCAAGGAUCCUUUGGCAAGGUCUACGCCGCCAGCUACAAAGGCGAGAAAGCGGCCGUGAAGAUCAUGAGCUGGGAAGGGGAGCAGCUGAAGAGGAUCAACCCUGUCAAGGAGGCCAAGCUGUGCAUCCGCAUGGUGCAUCCGAACCUCGUACAGGCCUUCGAUUUCUUCCUUCGCAACUGCGAGACCGAGGUGCAUGGCAAGAGGUCUUGGAAAGAGAUCUGGAUCGUCCAGGAGUGGUGCGACCGCGGGACGCUGUGCAGCUUCUGCGAUGUCCCGCGCACUUCUGGGUUGGGCCUGAGGCAUGCAAAGGACAUCCUCUGCGACAUCUGCAAGGGUUGCGAGUACCUGCAUUCCCAGGAGAUCAUCCAUGGGGAUCUCACGUCGAACAACGUUCUCCUCAAGACGAGAGAGAACGUGGACCCACUAGAUCUCGACAUUGUGUGCAAGGUUUGCGACUUUGGACUUGCCAGAGUCCUGGACGAAGGGGUCUCCACGCUGCUGACCUCCCAACUUGGCACCGUCUCACAUAUGCCCCCGGAGCUGAUUCGCAUGGAAAACAAGAGGUUGACCAAGAAGGCGGACAUCUAUUCGGUGGGCGUGUUGCUCUAUCAGGUUCUGCUUGGCGAGCUGCCGUUUGUAGGAAAAACUGCCACGCAGAUUAUCAUCUUCAUCGCUUCUGGCAAGAGGUUGAAACUCGGUGACGAUGUGCCUGAAGAUGUUCAGAAGAUAUUCUUGCGCUCUACGGCGGUAGAACCUGAAGAGAGGCCUUCUGCCGAAGAGUUGGUCCAUUAUUUCAGCCGCCAAGAAGGCUCGCUGGACUGUAUCCCGUUCUUUGCCAAGGCCUCUGCGAGGCGGGGAGCGCCCCUGCCAGUGCGGGCUUGCUUCUUGUUGCUGGAAAAGGUCGGGCUGGGUCACUUGGUCACUUGGCUGCUGUCCGCGCUCGGGGUGCUGCACACGGCCCAUGGCAUCGCUCUGCAGACGUCCAAUGGCCAAGGCUUUGCACCAGCCAGCGGCGGCCCAAGCCGCUUCUGUGCCAUUCACUCCGUCGACCAAGUCUUCUCAAGAUAUCUUUGGGCAACACGAGUGCUCGAGACUCUUCUGGGAAUCGGCGCUGCAACCUGUAAUGCGCGGCGUGUGGCGGCGACGGGAAUAGAGUGCUCCCGCAAGCGACGGGAGGACUUGAUGGCGUCUGAGUACCUUGUGGCUCGCACGAACCACGUCACGACAAAGUUCGAGAAGCUCGGCGGAAAGGUCCAGCUCACGCAUGCGAUGAUGGGGAGCACGCCAGCAAAAACAGGAGAAGGCCUUCUGCAUGUGGCGCGGCUCCUCUUGGCUCCCGAAGUUGUGUGUGGGUGUGAGGGUCGGUGGGAGGUUGGGAGGCCGUGUGAACUGGACGGUGAGGAGUUGCCCUGCUGGAACUCCGGUGCCUGGUUGGGUGGCAGCCAGGUGGUUGAGUGCGAGAUGUCCUGCCUGCACCAGAAGAGGGUGAUGCAGCCGCAAUACUCGUGCACCGACUUUACAGGGGUGGACAGCCAGACCUCAUGCUUCGGUCGUGGAGAUCAGACGAACUCCAGGUGCAUGUUUAUCACCUACAAGGACCAGGCUGGCGCCACCAAGUCCUCUUGCGCUCCCUGCGAGCUGCGUGGUGUGGGCAACAUCGACUGCCCGGCGAUGGGCGGGAAAGGCCCAGAGGACAACUCCACAGUUACAACCUGUGCCAGCCAGUGUGAAGCGCCCCGCCCGGAUGCGGGGGUCACGCUGCCGCCGGCCGUAGAUGGUGGGGUGGAGGACAAGUCAACAAUGGAGAAUCAAGCCGGGGCAGGCCUCAGCCGUGUAUCUUCCAGCGCCGAGGAGAUGGUCUCCGCGCCGGUCUCGCCGCCCCUGCCCCCGGCGGAAGGGGAGGCAGCGCUUGCAACAAGAGCCCAGGUCGCUGACCGCAUGACCACGACGACACCCUUCGGUAAGGCGCCGGAGUACUUUCCGAUGGUCAUCUACCGCAGUCCGAACGACGCAGCCGCCACGCAGCUGCCGGACACCCGCGGAGCGGCUUUGCCAUGGCCGGUGGAGCUGCCAGCGCUGCUCCAGGAGCUGCAGAUUCCAAAAGGUCUCUCUCUCUCUCUCUCUCUGUGUCUCUCUCUCUCUCUCUCUCUCUCUCUCUCUCUCUCCCUCCCUCCCUCUCUCUCUCUAUCGUUCGUUCGUUCGUUCUCUCUCUCUCUCUCUCCCUCUCUGUCUCUCUCUCUCUUUCUCUCUCUCUCUCUCUCUCUCUCUUAUGCGAGUAUUGUGUUUGCUCUCCCAAGCCCCCCCCCCCUCCUGGUGGUUUGUUUCUAUUGA